ACUACAGACAAAAACAUUUGAAAUGUUCUUCCAUGAUACAAAACUGGAUAAAAUCAUUCUCUUGCAAGGAGUUCAUUUUGUAGUUUUGGGCGGAUUGUAGGAAUGAGCGGGUUUUUCGAUAAAGGCGGACCUUGGCACCUCAUGGCACAAUUCACAGUUCGUAUUAGCGUUGGGAAGAAAGGUAUUUUUAAAAGACCCAGGCGCACAAGUUCUGACGUUCCCUUUGUUGUGCCUGGAAUUAAAACGAAACGUUUCCUCUGUGUGUCGAUUCUUAAAAAUGUUGACAUUGUUUUAAUAUUGUUGGCCUACUGCUCUAUUAUAAAAGUGAUUUCUUAGUGUUUGCGAUUACUUGAGCUUUUGAUGGACUGUAGCUUGGAGACACUGACCGCCGAUUUCUUCGACAAGCAUCCCCAAAAGUGGUUCGGUAUGAAUUAGAUUUUUGCCAGUUCCGAAUUGCUAGUUAUGAAUUUGUUUGAGAUUAAGUUGUAAUGAUUGAGAGAGAGAGAGAGAGUAAUCUGGUGACGUGUAUUUUGUAUCCUCAGUACGGAAAGCCACAGGAAUAAAGGGAUCCAAAGAUUUACAAACCUUUUUAUCUAAUUUGCUGACUUUGUUUCUCCUUCGUGUUCAGUAGGAAUAACAUGUGGAUGAACUGCACUCUUAGAAAACGGGGAUAUUCAAGUGACGGAACCAUACUUUUGUAUCUCUUUUUGUAUAGCACUGUAAGGAAGUGUUUUGUAAUUGGUUUCCUUAUCAGGUCAAGUAUUCGGCAGCCGUAGAAAACUAGAUACUAUUGUUUAGUAAUAUUUUUGCAUGUUUAACAACAGAAUGCCUUUCUGGGAAUCCACAGAUCGUGACACUGAACCGUUUUGUUUUAGUUUUGUUUCUGUUUCGUCUUAUUUUUUAGAGGAAAGGGCAAGUGCUGUUCUGUUGCAAUAACUAUGUAUUACUGUCUGAGGUGUCCCAAGUUUAUUUAAACCACAUCAGUUGUAAAUACCAAAUGAGACGCGCCGUGAAGGUAUGACUAGGUUUCCUCUUACCUGCCAGUCCCUUUGGGUUUACUAGGCCCCAGAAAACAGCCGCGUGACGUACCUUCGGUGCACCUUGCUACAGAAAAGGGGGGCUUUUGUUUUAAGCCAGAAUAAAACAGUUCAAUUUAAAAGCAACAACAACAGUCUUUGUGAAAGUUUUUUUUCCUUGUUUCACAGACUGCCCUGAAUUUGGUUUCUCGGGGUUUGGGUUCAAGUUCACCUUCUCUCUAGGAGGAUGUUGGCUAUUAGCCUUAGAACUCAUCUCAUCCGAGCGGAGCGUGGCGUCGCAAAUGGUACCCAUUCAUCUCUGGAAAGAAUCAGUAUGGUUCGCCUACAGACUAGAUAGAUAUUAAUUUUAAAAAAUCAAACAUAGGUAUAUUUAAGCUUUGUAUAAUUUCUCUUUACAAUUAGCUGUCCUUAAAAUGAAAUCCAAAGUCGUCCUUGACAUGGUUUAAAUCGUUCCCAAACUUUGGUUUUCCAGAUGCUUUGGACUUCAGCUUCUAGAAUUCCUGACUUUGGGCCAAGUUAGCUGGGGCUUCUGGGAGCUGAAGUCCAAAACAGACGGAGGACCAAGGUUUGGAAAUCACUGAUGUACUUAAAUUCUUUUAUAAACCCAAGAAGAGCUGCUUGUCUUUGUGAACUGCGUGAGUUCAGGUAUAUAACUUCAUACAGUCGGGAUGGAUGGGAACGGUAAGUUAUUACAUCUAGAGAUGUAGACCCUGGGUCAGUGUUUCCUGAACUUUGGUCUUCCAAGUGUUUUGGACUUCAUCUCCCAGAAUUCCUGAACGUUAGCCUCAUCUUCUGCAAACCUGGAGGACCAAAGUUUGGGAAACCCUGGUCUAGGUGAUGGGCUCCCAAAUCUCGCCAGCAUCAUCCACUGCAAGUUAAUAUUUGGAGUGGAUGAUACUGUACUCUUAAGUUGGAUGAUUUUGUACUUCUGUGUUUUAUGCCUGACUACUAGAAACCUGGUACUUCAUUCUGGAAUAGCUUUCAACCCCAAAACUGAUGUUCAUCUUCCAUCACAUGGAGGAAACCUUGUGUGUCUAUCUGUACCUUCCAUGCUUUCUGGUGGAUUCAGAGGGUUUUCUUCUGCAAGCAAUCCUCACUGCUUUUGCCAGUUCCUUCCUCUGAAACAUUGCCUGCAGCACCUGGGAUUUGUUGGUGGUCUCCCAUCCAAAUACCAACCAGGUCUGAUCCUGUUUAGCUUCCAAGAUCCUAUCAGGUUUGGUGCUUUUAGGGUAUUUAAGCCCACUGUCAAGAAUUCAUUGAAGAGGUCCAAAUCUUAGAAAUCGCUCAUUGAUUCUCAUUACAGUAGUUCAAGUUGCAGGAUGUUCCAGUUGCGUUCUGCAUUUUUGUGGGUGGUAAACAUUACCAGCUGUUAAUAAUGGUAGUAAUAAUAAAGUUUACUCCUUUUCCACCUCUCCUCAAGGAUUGUUCAAAUACAAAACACGCCAGCAAAAAAGUGCUGUUUGUUGUUGUUGUGUGCCUUCAAGUUGUUUCUGACUUACAACGACCCAAAAGUGGUUCUUCUGGGCAAGAUUGGUCCGGAUGGCGUUUAGCACCAUUGCCUUCCUCUGGGGCUGAGAGAGUAUGACCCAGUGGUUCCCAUGGCGGAGUGGAGAUUCGAACCCUGGCCUUCAAAGUCCUGGUCCAGUGCUCAAACCACUACACUGUGUUUAGAUUACAGUACUUAGAUGGAUGGUGGCUAGAUAGUAGAAAGAUAGAAAGAUGGCAGAUAAAUGAUAGAAUGUAAAUAGAAAGAUGGUAAGUAGAUGGUAGAAAUAGGAAGAUGGUCGAUUAUAAUACAUUUUGAUUAAUAUCCCACCUCUUCCCAUAGGAUUUUAGAUGACAGAAAGGUAGAUAGAUGAAAGAUAAUAGAUGGCAGAUGAUAGAUGAAGAUGGCAAAUAGAAAUGGUAGAGAGAAAAAGAUGGUAGAACAGUAGCUGUCUCCUUGGGAUAUGACUAUUGCACUUCAUGCAAAGGGAAUGAGUGGUUGGGAUGCAAGGAUUUCAAUAGGAAUGAAUGAGGGAGGAGAUGGCAGCCUUCCUCCUCUCCCUUGUGCUUUAUUGCCUUGUCUAUUGCUUUGUGUUGUGUUCCUCUGGGUUUAGCCUGGAGCUGUGUGUGUGUUGUUGUGUCUCCUCUUUGUGCAGCUACAGCCUUUUGCAUCCUUUUAUGGAUGAUCUCCCAGGCCUUUGCAAACUCCGAUGCAUUGCAAUGCAAGAGUAUUUCUGUUUCUUUGCAUCGUCGUUUCUUCUUUCCUUUUUUGGGAGGGAAGGCGGGGCUCCUUCCUUCUGACGUCAUCCCCACGUGCCUGGGCCGGAAGUGAGUAAGGAGACUGUUCCGGGCCCGCCCUGCGCUUCUCUGCACGCGUGCUGACACGUGUCUGCGCUUUCACACAUGCACUUUGCUUGCUAUGGCUGCCUUGCCUUUGCCUCCGGUUCUUCUGGGCCUUUGCGAUGCCCUUCUCCUUCCAGGGUUGGAGCAAGGGCUUCCCAGCAAGUUGGGAGGGAUCCCGGAUUGCAUCCCUUCGGUAACUCUGGUUCAUCCUCAGUGCAGGAUUUGCGGUGCUGGUUUGGCGCAUCUUUUGCAGAUCUCUUGCCCUCUCGAAGGCUCACCCUUCCAGCGCAUCAUUCACGUCUUUGCUUGCGCCAGGAAAAGCUGCUGGGGGAAGUCGGAAAGCUGGACAGUGCUGCGAUCCCAGUAUUUGCAAGAAGAAGGAAUUUGGGGCUCCGAAGUGAAGCCGAAGCCAGAAUGCACAGUUGCCUCCAGCGACUGGUGCGAAGGAGCAGACGACUGGGGAGAAAAUGGCAAGGAAAUGGCGGGGUUUUUGGGACACGAUCUCAGCCAAAGGCCUGGCGGAGCAUCAGAGUCGGUGCCUGGAGAAAUAGACUGUGCCAUGCAAUUGCAAGACCUCAGCCUAAAAGAAAACCAAAGUCUCUGCCAUCCUGCAAAUCUUCAUAAUCUUCCUUGCAAGGAGCCAGUCGUGCCCAGCGGUGUUCCUAUUUUCCAGCCCUAUUAUAUCAGCGUAGUGGACGAAGAGGAUUACCUCGGCUACUACGAGGAUACUAGCCACGCCGAGCGACUCUUGCAGGAGUAUCAGCAGAGGGAAGGCCUUGAUUUGGGGCGGCUGAUGUCAGAAUGUCACCCGUCCGGCGGUUGUGAUGAGCGAUACGAGAAAACGGAAAAGAGAGACCAGGCCUUCCAUCGCUUCAUGAAAAGGAUUUCGGUCUGCCAGGAACAGCUCUUAAGGUAUUCUUGGGGCGGAGAGCCCCUAUUUAUCACCUGCCCUUCAGCAGACGUCCAGACCUCCGUCCCGCCUUGCGAUCGUUGCAGAAGCCGGAGAGUAUUUGAGUUUCAGCUCAUGCCAGCCUUGGUCAGCCUCCUCAAGACCAAAGGAGGAGACGCGUCGGUGGAGUUUGGAACAGCGUUAGUUUAUACGUGUGAAAAGAGCUGCUGGCCUCCGAAGCAUCUGUCGCCAUUCGAGGAAUUCAUUUAUGUGCAAGAAGACCCAGAUCAGCACCUAUUUAAUAGAACCCUCCAACAAUAAAACUUUGUGUAGGUGUAUA